AUGUCAGGUGAAAAGACGCAUGACUUCGCCACGGACGUCCUGGUGGAUAUCCUGCUGCGGCUCCCACCGAGCUGUCGGCGGCGGGCACGGCUUGUCUGCCGACACUGGCGCGGCGCCGUCGACGAGCGCACGUCGGAGAUGCGGAGCCGCGCCGUGAGGACUCUCAUCUCUGUGAAGACCAGGCUGACGGCGUCCGGGUACGUCGUGGACGAACUGUCGGGAUGGCGCCUGAAAAAUAGGUGGGCUGGUAGCGGCGGCGUGCACGUGGUCGGCACAUGCAACGGCCUCAUCUGCCUGUGCGACGACGCGAAGCCCGGCGGCGCCGUCACUCUGGUCAACCCAGUGACCGGCGAGGGGCUGGUCGUCCCGCCGCUGCCGCGCCACCGCUCGUCCAGACGGGAAAGCUGGCACGAGGCGUACAGCUUCGGGUACCACCCGUUGACGGGGCGGUACAAGAUCGUGCACGUCCCGGGCUACCUGGAACCUGCAGCAACCUCGGACUCGAUCGACGAGGUGCAGGUGUUCACGCUGGGGGAGGCGUCGUGGCGGAGCGUGCCGUUGCCGGCCGCCGUCCGCGCGAUCGGCUGCCUGGGGAGCGGCAGCGUCGUGAGCGUGGACGGCACGACCUACUGGCUCGGGAUGGGCGGGAUCGACGGGAAGGCCGCCGUGUCGUUCGACCUCGGGGACGAGCGCCUCUACGCGACGCCGCUUCCGGUGAAGGCGAAACCGGGCGUGACGCUGACGGUGGUGCGCGGGAGGCUCGGCGUCGCCCUCGACAGGGAUGGCAGGACGGUGGUAUGGGUUCUCCAGGAAGGGAGAUGGAGACGCCGGUACAUCCUUCGGCUGGGCGGAUCGCAGCGGCUCGUGAGCCCGCAGUUCGCCCACGGCAAGUACGUCCUGACGGCGGUUACCAGGGAGAAGUGGAAGCCGUGGCGCAAGGAGUCAGUCUUGUACGGGCAUGAGCUAGGCGAGAGGAGGUCGUUCAAUGUGUUGCAGAGCAAGGAACCGGCGGUAUGCAACGUCGAGGGCUACAUCCACCGGACGUUCGCAUACGUCGAGACCAGGGAGCCGUUGAGAGUUUACGAGACGGAGCGUUUGACAACGCGUAGCCAGGACAAGUAGCUGCAGUUUUAAAGUUCUCGAUCACCGAUAUUACUAUACUGCGAGCAGUUUUUAAGUUCUCAUUUGGAUCCAGUUCCCUCAGAUAC